AUGAAGUUGUUUUUGACAAAAAUGCAGACGUGUCAGUUUGUCACAUUCACGAGAUUAGAGCAAAGAAGUUCAACUACUUGAGACAUGGUCUCCAAUCUAGGCUGUGCCUUUAGAUUUCGAGAAGAUUAACAGCUAAGGAAUAUUUUUUCACUUAUCUUAUUGAUUUAUCUAAACCAAAACCGCGGCCUGUUCUGUUGGUCUGCUUCACAAUCGUUCCCGGAAGUCUGGCGAUGUUGCGUCUCUGGGUUUAGGAACUCUUAUUAUACUUCACUGUCAGUGGUCUUCAGCUAACGGCGCUAUCAGAUGCUGCUAUCGCUACAUUUUAUACUGUUAAUGUGAUCGUUUAUAACGUUACUGUUGUAUUUAAAUGCUAGAUUGUGUGAUACAUAUAUAUGUGAUCGGAAUGCCCAACACCAGCACCAGGCCUAAGCGGGGCAGACGGAACCGUCGGGUGCCCAGGGAGGACCCUGCCAGGAAUGAGCUGGUGUCCAGGUCACUGGAGAGUGCCCAGCAGUGUCUGUUCAACCAAGACUAUGGGACCGCCUUUGUCCACUACCUUCUCGUCCUCAACCUGGCUCCUGUGCUGAAGGACUUUGCCAGUGAGUCCUUUAGGUUCACUCUGUUCAAAUGGGCAGAUGAGCUCGACUCUCUGGGGCGCAUCCAGGACCUGUUUGACUGCUAUGAACAGGCUCUGGAGCUCUUCCCUUCUGAUGAGGUCAUCAUCAACAGCAUGGGCGAACACCUGUUCAGAAUGGGAUUCCGGGAUGAGGCCGCUGGUCAUUUCCACAAGGCGCUGAAGCUGAAGCCGGACUACCCUGAGGCCAAGGAGAAUUUCUACCGCGUGGCCAACUGGCUGGUGGAGCGCUGGCACUUCCUGAUGCUCAAUGAUCGCAGGAGGAACCACAAGUACCAGCAGGCCAUCCAGAAGGCUGUUGAGGGAGGCUGCAACACUGUGUUAGAUAUAGGCACAGGCACCGGUAUCCUCGGAAUGUGUGCUAAGAAGGCAGGGGCGGCUGAGGUGUACGCCUGUGAGCUGUCCAAGACCAUGUACGAACUGGCCUGUGAGGUGGUCACUGCUAACGGAAUGAAUGGACGCAUCAAGAUCCUCCAUAUGAAGUCGCUGGAGAUGGAAGUGCCUAAAGACAUCCCUAAGAGGGUAUCGCUGGUUGUCACCGAGACUGUAGAUGCCGGCCUAUUUGGUGAAGGUAUUAUAGAGAGCCUUAUACACGCCUGGAAUCAUCUGCUUUUGCCUCCACAGAGCACCCAGGACCCAUCCAGGCCUCCCUCCCAAGCAGGCCGGGUCAUCCCUGCCGGAGCCACUGUGUUUGGGAUGGCUGUCCAGUGCCUGGAGAUCCGCCGCCAUCACAGGCUGUGUGUGUCUGAGGUGGGAGGCCUGACCACGGCUGCAGCCGGAGAGCUCCACAGCCCAGUAAGCUGCAGCUCAGAGGAUGACUCCACAGAGCCCUACACCACAGAGAGACUGAGCAGACUGCCUGGAGGCUACACGCCCCUCACUGAACCCUUCAAUGCCCUGGACAUAGACUUCAACAACGUGCAGGAGCUGGAGGGUCUGUGCUCCAGGGAGGUGAGCCGGGUGCGUCUACCUGUAACUGGGGAGGGUCUGCUGGACGCCCUGGCCGUGUGGUUCCAGCUCCACCUGGACCAGCAGAGUAGCCUGUCCACCGGCCCUAAGGAGGACACCUGCUGGGAGCAGGCCAUUUACCCCAUUCAGACACCACACAAUUUUCCCCUGAGGCCUGGUGACGAGCUCAUCGUGGAGAUCUCCUGCCGGGACGCCUACCUGAGACUCUGCAGCGUUGCCGUAGCGAGAGACGGACGAGAGUUCCGUCUAGACGACUGUCUGGAUCCAGACAUACCUAGAAACAACCCAGGCCCGAGCGGCAAUCCCAACCCAAGCCUUAACGCCGAGGCAGAACUGUGCAGCGCCCUAGCUUGCCUCGGGACAGAGCAGAGCAGUGGACCUCGAGACUACACCAUGCUGGAGUGUGCUGAAAUGGCCCUCCUCAACAACCAGCCCUACCACGAUAGUUUCCGCAGGGCACUGGCUAAACUCAUCACCAACCUGAAGGACGCUCGUUCGAUCCAGGGUCCCAGCAAGGGUCAAGGGUUAGAGGUCAUGCCUCUCACUGACCCCCCAAGUGGCCCUAUGGACCCUGGUCCUGACCCCUUCUACGUGCUGGACGUGUCCGAGGGCUUCUCUGUUCUCUCCCUCAUGGCAGCCAGUCAGGGCCAGGUGAAGGCCUAUAGUUCGGUAGAGAAGACCCAGCACCAGGCGGUGCUCAGGAGGCUGGCCAUGGCCAACGGUGUCCCAGAGGAGGCUCUCGAGUUCUGGCUGAACCAGGUGGAGGACGAGCAGGCAGUGCUCCAGAGACCCUCCAGGGAGAAGCUGUGGAGCGCCAUUAUAUUAGACUGCGUGGAGACCUGUGGCUUAGUGAGGCAGAAGCUGAUGGAGAAAGCCACCCUAGCCAGGUGCCUGUUGGAGGACGGCGGUCAGAUCUUCCCAGAGAGAAUAGUGUUGUACGGGAUGCUGGUGGAGUCUGACACCCUGCUGCUGGAGAGUGCUGUCCAGGGCCAGGAGCCGACACUGGGCUUCAACAUCGCCCCGUUCAUCAACCAGUUCACUGUUCCAGUCCAUGUGUUUCUGGACUUGUCCACUCUGCAGUGUAGACAUCUCAGUGACUCUGUAGAACUCUUUAUCCUGGACCUCAUGAACACCAACGCCAACUAUACCAACAGAGACGUCAUGGUCCAGGCUAGUGCCUCAGGCAGGGUAACUGCUGUGCCCUUCUGGUACCAGAUCCACCUGAACGAGGAGAUCAGCGUGAGCACCUUCAACCAGGACUCCCAUUGGAAGCAGGCUGCUGUGGUGCUGCACCAGCCCCUGGCAGUGAGGGAGGGAGACUGGGUACGACUGGCCGUCACCCUGCAGAAGAGCUCCAUCUCCAUAUCAGCCAGUAUAGAGGAAGAGGCUGGAGAGACCGGGACUGUGGAUUCUGUUAGAGUCCGCUCAGUGACUGUCCGUGAUAAGUAGAUGUCUGGUGAUAUGAAAGUACAAGAGGCAACUUCAUAAGUGUUUAAAAGGAGGAAGUUGUGGUGCUUUUGAUUCUACAAGAGCAUCAAGUCCACUCAGUCUUACUGGGAGAGAGGUCAAGGUAUCACUCUGGGUUCUAUAUUGUGAGUGUGAACUGCAUAUAUGUCGAGGGGAAGGGAUUGGACUAUGGAUUCUCCGGAAGUGCCAGCUCUAAAAUGACCCCACAAUAGCGACCAUCUCAAUAUGCCUUCUCUCAGGACUUUCAAAGACAUUUACAUGUUUUAUGAUGUGCUCAUCUUGAGACGUUUUGGUCUUCAGUGUGUUCAUAAUCUUGUUUUGGAAUGACGUCUCUUGAUUAUGGUUGCAGUCUUCAUUCAAAUGUUUUGUAUCAGCACUUGCAUUUUUAUUUCCAAAAUAAUAAUUUAGAAAUCAAAGAAAAUCACAAUGAACAACCAAGAGACUUGGUGUCACC